GGUUUAACGCGCUUAUCUAGCCCGUUCUAAUCCCUCUAUUAUUUAAAGCCCUCCGACCUAGACAGGUUUAUCAUCUCUCUCGCGGCCGCAGAUCGAAAACUCGACAACAUGAGCUACUACAACCAGCAGCAGCCCCCUGUAGGCGUCCCUCCUCCGCAGGGUUACCCGCCUGAAGGAUACCCGAAAGACGCCUAUCAGCCGUCGGGUUACCCGCCGCAGGGAUACUCUCCUGCCGUUUACCCGCAACAGGGGUACCCGCCACAAGGAUACCCUCAGCCCUACGCUCAGCCUCCGCUCCAGCAGCAGCAGAGCAGUGGCCCUUCCUUCAUGGAGGGAUGAUCCGCCUCUAAGUCGGCCGCACCGCCUCCUCCGACUCUUCCGGGCGCCGAUCUUGACCAGAUCCCUGUGGUCCCACGUCGACAAAGUAGUGAUGGUGCCGAUGGGGAAUGCGCGCUAUCGUGCGCCGGGUCGGUGCGGUUAUGAUUGUCAGUGCCGUGCCGAUCAUUGCUUAGUUUUUAUUUACCGUCAAUAGCUGUCGGGUUUGGGCAACUUUAAUGAAAUGGGCUGUGCCAAUUGUCCAUGAGAAUCUUGCUCUUCUGUCCGAUUUUUCAAAAAACUAAUAUUUAAUCUUCGAAUUUGGCUGGAUCUCGGAAUUUAUUUUUUUGAACUAUUUUUAUUAAGCUGAAACAUUUUUAAUCACUUUAAAUUGGUUGUUUGGUUGGUGCAGUUUGGCCGCGCUUUGUUGCUGUUGUCUUUUGGAUGCUUGCUUUUGAUUUGGCAGUCUGAGGUCGUCUCACAAUUCCAGUUCGAAUGAUUGCGUGUCUCCUUGAUUAGAUAGAGCUCGUCAACAAACUCAGCUUAUCUUCUUGUUCAAAUAAUUAUGAUAAUUGUAAGACUGAGUUGUUAGGAUCCAACUUCGUUCGUGUUUCUGUUCGUUCUCGUAUUUGUAUAUUUUCUAUUCCAGUUGUUUAAGAGAAUUUUCAGUUGGAUAUGGAACUCAACAUUGGGAAUCUUAUAGGAGCAGAAAUAAACCCCUUCCUCGAAA